AUGGCUCCCGUAGCAAAGAAAGGUGCCGCCGCCAAGGGUGGUAACAAGAAGGCCAAUGCCGCUGCUAAGGCUACCUUGAAGGGUGUUCACUCCCACAAGGUCCGCAAGGUCCGUCUCUCGACCACCUUCCACAGACCUAAGACCCUCCAACUCUCCCGUGCACCAAAGUACCCACGUACUUCCAUCGUUUCCCAACCCCGUCUCGAUGAGCACAAGGUUAUCAUCCACCCAUUGAACACCGAGAGCGCCAUGAAGAAGAUCGAGGAGAACAACACCCUUGUCUUCAUUGUCGACAUCAAGGCCAACAAGGCUCAAAUCAAGGAGGCCUUGAAGAAGCUUUACGACAUUGACACCGUCAAGAUCAACACCCUCAUCAGACCUGAUGGAUCUAAGAAGGCCUUCGCCCGUCUUACUGCUGAUGUUGAUGCUCUUGACAUUGCUGCCACCAAGCUCGCCAUUGUCUAA